AUGGGCAUUUUCGCCUGUGAUGGGCACGCCGCCUUCAGCAGCAAGAAGGUGAUGCUCGGCCCUGGCGUCUUCACCACGGCGGUGCCGGGCGACAUGAGCGUCAAGAUGGGAGGGCCCUACAACAUAGCCCUGAACACCGAGGUCCUCCUGCGCGUGUGGCGCAAAGUGUGGGACAUGGACGCCUUCUCGUCCUUCGACUGGGUGGUCAAGGUCGACGCGGACAGCGUCUUCUUCCCGUCGCGCCUGCGGAGCCACGCGAGCAUCACGCCCGGCGGCCCCCUCUUCCUCAACAACUGUGGCGCUGGCCUCCACGGGCCCAUCGAGGCGAUGACGCGGGAGGCCGUAUGGCUGUUCCGCGACGGCAACGAGCGGUGCCAGGAGGAGCAGGUCACCGACUGGACGACGCAGGGGGAGGACGACUACGUGAUGGGUUGCUUGCAGCUGCUCGGCGCACAGCAGUACAACGACUUCGGGGUCCUCAGCGAGGUGGCGUGCGGGGAGGACCCCAGCCCCGUGCGUGUCAGGGAAGGUUGCGUUCCAUCCGUUCAAGACCGUCGGGGCGUGGUUCCAGUGCGCCGCAGAGGCCGCCCCCCUUCGCGCCUGAGGGGGGGGGCCAGUCACAGCGCUAGCCAGCCAGCCGCGCUGCUCGCCGCCGGCCGAAGGUUCGGAUCCGCCCCGAUCAUCGACUGGGGAACGCUGGCCUGGCCUGUGGAGUCGCCGCCGGCAAAACAUGGCUGGCGUGCGGCGGUCGUCAGCGCGGUCGGAUUUGUCGUGGCAAGCUGCUUCCUCCCCCCGCCCGACCGCUUGCCGAGGCGUUCCUGGGCUGCUCCUCCGGAGGAGCGCGGGCUGCUCGAGCUCGGGCGGCGGCCGCAGUGCCCGCGGCUCGACUGUCGGUGGCGACGGCGGCGGUGGAUGCCACCAGCACAGUGCAGCAGGCAUGAGCAAAGGCAUCACGUCGCAGUGCUGGCGCGGCAGCUUGUUCACGAACCGUAG